AUGCAGCUGAAGGACGGUGCCACGGAAAUGAGUCGGCGAAGGAAGCAUGCAGACAGUCCUGCUCGGAGGAGCACGCCGCGCAGGGCGGCUGGCGAGAACUGCUGUCGGGCGGCGGAGUCGGGGCCGCGGGGGUCAAGGGCGGCCCACAACUCCCCGCUCAGCCGGGCUGGAACGCGGGCGCAGCGGCGGUCGCAGCGGCGGGCAGCGGCUGGCGGCGGGCGGAGCCCCGGGGAAAAGAAGGAGACACCAACACAAGUUCUGAAAAUGGAUUUAGUAUCCUGUACCUUCAGUUCUCCAAAUGAUCCAGAUGGACAGACUGAUAUCUUCUGGGAUCAAAAUUCUCCAAUGACAAAACAGUUAGGUAAAGGAAGGAAAAAGCAGAUUUCCAGUGCGUACAGUGAUGAGAUUUCACAUAUUGUUAAUCGUAUUGCUCCUCAGGAUGAAAAACCAGUGACAAACUCUAUGCUGGGUGUAUGGAUUGGCGAAACUGCUAUUCCUUGUACUCCUAGUGUAACAAAAGAAAAAUCAAGAGUGAAAAUCAGCAGCAUAAAAUUAAAAACAAAAAAUCGAGAAAAAGAACUUAUGAAAUUGGCCCAACAGUUUGAUAAAAAUAUGGAAGAACUUGAUGUAAUUCAAGAGCAAGAUGGGAAGAAUCAUGAUUUUAUCCAGACAACUUCGGAAAUGGGACAUUUACAUAACCAUAAAGAUUCUGUACAGAUGAGGUCAGAUGAAAUAGUUCCUGAAAUCAACUGUACUCCAAUAAAGAAGCAAAUGAAAGGAGACACUAGAAUAUCGUUGGCAAAGGGGCAAAACAGCAGUCAGAAACCCUUUGACCAAAAUGUUGAAGCAGCCUUUAAUGCUAUUUUUGAUGGUUCCACUCAGAUGUGUAGUGGACAGCUAAGCCAAGAUCUGUCAGAUGCUUUUUUGGACAAUAGUAAAACUUCCUUCAGAAAGAAAAAUGCCAUACUACAAGAGGAAGUAAUUACUACUGAAACUCUGCUUGCUGAAAACCUGCUAAAUAAAGCUCCAAGAUCACCUUCCCCUCAAGUAGAUACUACCGUAAUACUGAAAUCAUGUGUGACUCCCUGUCAUAAGACACCAGCAGCAUCUAAUAAACAACUUGAUGAGUUGACUGCUAAUGAUUUUGAGGAUGAUUGGGAAAGCUUACUAGGCAGUGAGCCCUUCCUUACGGAAAAUGCUGAAAUGCUUGAACUCUUUCCUUCUACAGCUGCCCAAGAUACUGGUCAGAAGGCAGUUUGUACCUCGAUUGGUGAAAAUGAUAUAAUCACAUCAAGAGCAAAUAUGAAUCUAGGUGGAAGGUUAAGAGAUUCAAAAGUAACACUGGAUCUUCCUUUAAAGGCACAAAACAGAGAACUAAGAAAUGCUGGAGAGUACAGGUUUUCAUCACAUCCAGGUGAUGAAUCAAGGAAGUUACCAUUCACUGGAAGUAAAGUGAGAUUUGAGAAAUCUGUCACUAACAUUGUUAGUAAAAAUGAAGAUGAUGUUACUGUCUCUAAUAUUACGAAAGUGAAAGAAGAAGGUCAUAGUAAGUGCAUACUUAAUGUACAGGCCUCUAACAAGUCUGGUUCAUACACAAGGUAUCCUAAUGAACAAAACUACAAGCUUGGUAUUAACCUGCCUUUGAAAGUCCCUACCACUGACCCAUUUGAUUCUGCAUUCUUGAGCAAAGAAAACAUUGUGUGUAACACAAAUAAGCUUCAUGGAUCAAAGUUCAAUUCUUCCUUCGAUGACUGGAAUGAUCCGCUGUUGGCCAGUGAAAUGAUUAAAGCAUGCCAUCAGUUAGAGACUACCUGGGAAGCGGAUGAUGUAGACGAUGAUUUGUUAUAUCAGGCUUGUGAUGACAUUGAAAGACUAACUCAGCAAGAAAACAAGGAUAGCAAGGAGUCAGAAAGUAUAAACGAUACUUCCAAACAUGCAUCUAAACAUUGGGAUCUUGUCAGCUCUGCAGUGCCAUUGUCUUUAGCAAGUAAGUCACAGAUAAAUAAGCCAGUGACAGUAGAGAAAAGAGACAUAUGUGAAGAUUGUCCCAAUGUUUUGGAUGCUACAAAUUUGUCUGUGUGCUCUAAGAAUUCAAGUGAUAAUCAGCAUGUACCAGUACAAGUGAAUAGUUCAAAAUUUGUUCUUGCAGGAAGUUCAAAUUUGAAUGUAAAUUUGAGUCCUGUGAGCACAAAAAUUGCUACUAAUAGGAAGUUGAGUACUCAGCAGCUAUCCCACAACAGCUUAGCAGAUAAAGCCCAGAAUGACAACAAAGUACUGAAGUUAUCAAAAUUCACAUUUAAGAAGAAAAAUUCUCAGUUCCUUUCUCAGUUAAAUCAAAAUCGUCUACCAGGAAGUACGCCUGUUAGCAAAAUCUCAGAGGAUUUAGGGAGAAGAGAAGCUGUCAGUUCAUUGCUUGAAGCUAAUCAACAGCAAUCUUCAAUAAAAUAUUCUGAGUCUUUGAAACCAUCUUCCCCAGAUGAAGAAGAGAGAAAUAGGAAGUAUUCUCCUGAAGAAAUUCAACGAAAAAGGCAGGAAGCACUGGUUCGAAGAAAGGCCAAAGCAUUGCAUACUGUGCAGUCAACUCCUAUUUCACUGCCUUGAUGAAAGUUGAGUUAGACGGUUUCAGAACUAUUGAUAACUAUCUGUGAUAGGACUUUUCUGAUUUCUCUGUGAGAAAUUUAAUGCUGACUUAUAAAGCGUGAGCUUCUACUUUAUUAUUUAAUAAAUCAAUGUUUACAGUGGUAAAUGAAACUUUCUCAGAUGUAUGUGAAUUAUGUAUAUAAGUAUUUGAAAAGUUAACAGUUAUGUAUAUACAGAGGGAAGUACUUAUCUUUAUUAAAUAUGGUAACUGAUGAGCAUCAAAAAUAGCUGUAAAGCUUCUGUAGAAGGCUUUCUCAAGCACAAAGAUUAAAAUUGCUAAGUAAACAGCAA